UUUUGCACCACGUGGAGACCUGAGCGAUCUUAGCAAAAUGGUGCUGAAGAAGGUAGACAAUCGCAUCCGAGUUUUGAUUGAAAAUGGCGUCCAGAAGAAACAGCGAUCAUUGUUUGUUAUUGUGGGCGAUAAAGGAAGAGAUCAAGUUGUAAUCCUUCAUCACAUGCUAUCCAAGACAGCAGUCAAAGCAAGACCAACAGUUCUGUGGUGUUAUAAGAAAGAACUGGGAUUUAGUAGUCACAGAAAGAAAAGAAUGAAACAAUUGCAAAAGAAAAUCAAGAGUGGAACCUUAGAUCUAAAGAAGGAUGACCCAUUUGAGUUGUUUGUAUCUGCUACAAAUAUUCGCUAUUGUUACUAUGCUGAAACCCACAAGAUACUUGGAAAUACAUAUGGCAUGUGUGUGCUUCAGGAUUUUGAAGCUUUAACACCAAAUCUACUGGCCCGAACUGUGGAGACAGUUGAGGGAGGUGGUUUGAUAGUGCUUCUGCUGAGAACAAUGUCAUCCUUGCAACAGCUUUACACUCUUGCCAUGGAUGUCCAUUCUAGAUAUAGAACAGAGUCUCAUCAAGAUGUUGUUGGAAGAUUUAAUGAAAGAUUCAUAUUGUCGCUGACCUCAAAUAAGAAUUGCAUGGUUAUUGAUGACCAGUUGAACAUUCUCCCCAUUUCUUCUCAUACUCUAUCAAUCACUGCAUUACCACCUAAAUCAAAGGAAGAAUCUAUGAAUGCAAAUGAAAUUGAGCUUAAGAGUUUGAAAGAAUCAUUGCAAGACACACAACCUGUUGGAGGUAUUGUUAACUGUUGCCACACUCUUGAUCAGGCAAAAGCAGUUCUCAAAUUCAUUGAAGCAAUAUCAGAGAAGACCUUAAGAAGCACAGUUACCCUAACAGCAGCCCGUGGUCGUGGAAAAUCAGCUGCCCUAGGACUGUCAUUGGCUUCUGCUGUUGCGUUUGGGUACUCAAACAUGUUUGUGACAUCACCAAGUCCAGAGAACUUGCACACUUUGUUUGAGUUUGUCUUUAAAGGGUUUGAUGCCCUGGAAUUUCAGGAACAUCUAGACUAUGAGCUUGUGCAGUCAACCAAUCCAGAGUUCAACAAAGCAGUUGUGCGAGUGAAUAUUUUCAGGGACCAUCGACAAACAAUCCAGUACAUUCACCCAUCAGACGCCCACAAGCUUGGCCAAGCAGAGUUGGUCGUUAUUGAUGAAGCUGCUGCCAUUCCACUGCCUUUGGUGAAAGAACUUAUGGGACCAUACCUUGUGUUUUUGUCAUCAACAGUCAAUGGGUAUGAGGGAACAGGCCGAUCUCUCUCCUUAAAACUGAUCCAACAGCUCAGGGAACAAAGUACAACUCGUGGUCCUUCCAAUAAAGGCAACAGCUCCACACCCUUGGGCCGCAGUCUUCAUGAAAUAACUCUGAACGAGUCCAUCCGUUAUGCACCGGGAGAUGAGGUGGAAAGAUGGUUAAACCAUCUUCUCUGUUUGGACGCCACUGUGGUGCAGAGGCUUUCUUCUGGUUGUCCACUGCCUGAAAAUUGUGAUUUAUAUUACGUCAAUCGGGAUACAUUGUUUUCUUAUCACAAAGCGUCCGAAGUCUUCUUGCAAAGGCUCAUGGCUCUUUACGUAGCUUCUCACUACAAGAACACUCCAAAUGAUCUGCAGUUGUUAUCCGAUGCACCAGCGCACCACAUCUUCUGCCUGUUAGGUCCUGUUGAUCCUGCUCAGAACACACUUCCAGAAGUGUACUGCGUCUUACAGGUUUGCCUUGAAGGUGAUAUCUCUAGGUCUUCCAUCAUGAGCAGUCUUUCACGAGGCAAAAGGGCAUCUGGCGAUCUUAUUCCUUGGACAAUCUCGCAGCAGUUUAAUGAUCACGAUUUUGCGGGGCUUUCUGGAGGAAGAAUUGUUAGAAUUGCUAGUCAUCCUGACUUCCAAGGGAUGGGUUAUGGUCGGCGGGCCAUGAAUCUUCUGAUUCAGUAUUACGAAGGGAAGAUUCCCAGUUUGGCUGAAGAAGGCAACGACGAAGGACAAAUCUCAACUUUGACUGGAGAUGAGAUAAACAAUUUUUUUUCACGUCUUUGCUUUUUUUACAUUUCUGCCAGAUUUUGGAAGAAAUCCGACUUUGGUCCUGUGUACCUACGCCAGACUCCAAAUGAUUUGACUGGCGAACACUCUUGUAUAAUGUUAAGACGACUAUCCGAUCAAGAAGGAAACUCUGAUGACAACUGGCUGCAAGCGUACAUGGCUGAUUUCCGCCGGCGCUUUUUGUCUCUCCUUUCUUAUCAGUUUCGCAACUUUCGACCGUCUUUAGCUCUGAGUAUUCUGAACAACAAGAGUUUCAAAGGUGUUAAAGAUUCAGGUUUAACAAAAAGUGAGCUUGAAGCGGUUCUUACAACUUACGACAUCAAGCGAUUGGAUCUUUAUUCACGUAAUAUGGUGGAUUACCAUUUGAUCACAGAUUUGCUUCCAGCGGUCUCCAGGCUAUAUUUCCUUCAGAAAAUGGACUUCGAUCUUUCUGCAGUGCAGUCGGCGAUUCUUCUCGGACUUGGACUUCAACACAAGACAAUAGAGGCCCUCGAGAAAGAACUAGAACUACCAUCUUCUCAGUUACUGGGAUUGUUCAACAGAACUUUGAGAAAAGUUGUUCAGUGUUUUAAUUCUGUUCUGGAGUCAUCCUUUGAUGCUCAAGUCACCAAAGGAAGAGAAGUGGCGAUGGAGCCGUUAGCUCAAGGACUUCAAGAAGAUUUGGAAGAGGCAGCGAAGGAAUUGAAAGAAAAGCAAAAGAAAGAACUGGAAAAACUGAAGAAUAUUGAUCUCAGCGAGUUUGCCAUAUCAGGAAAAGAUGACGAAUGGAGCACGGCUUUAGGUAAUAAUAAGAACAACACCAGUGUAAUUAGCGUUGCAAGCACAAAGCGGAAGACACAGCCAUCCAAUGAUCAAAGCAAAUCACCUAAGAAACGCAAAAAGUCCAAACAGAAGCACCACACUGGUUAAAUCUGCUGUAAAGUUAUUAAGCAUGUAUCAGAAAUCAGUGUAGAAGAGGAUCUGUCCGUUAUUUUCAGUCGCCGCUCGUUUGAUAGUAGUCGGCCUCUACUCUGAAUUGGCUAACGCCAGGAACAGCAGGAUGACGGCAAGUUUAGAAUUCUUUGACCGUGACAAAAUCUCUCGUUAAUUACUCAGCCAAAUGAAUAUCAGAAAUGCCAUGGAAUGCUUCCUGAACAGUAGAGAACGUUUGCGAAUAGGCCGUAACAAACCGCAAAAAUUUCGUGAACUCAAGAACUAUGGCGGCUGCUACAUUAAAAGAGAGUGCGCAUGCGCUCAGGGCAACAGGACUUUCCGAACGUGAACCCAUGCGUAACCCUUACUUUGACGAAGAGUGACCUGAGAGCUGACCGCAAAGCUUAUUUUGACAGUCUUAUCAUGGUUACUAGCGCUUUAAGCUCCAGCUUCGUUCCUUUUACCACAUGGAGAUUUUCAUAGCACGAGUUCCUAAGAAAAUUGGUGAUUAGUUUACUCAGAGACCAGAAUAAACAACAUGUUUGACGUCA